AUGACGACGAACACAAAUUGCGAGGCAGUGAAUGCUCAAACCCAGAGCUCAGUUCACCAUCGCCAGGAUUCUGCGGUAAACUUGGCGACUGCACAUACCGGAAGUGGACAGCCAAAUCAUAUUCCAGAACUGAUCAGGGACCGCGUAUUCCGGAUCAAGAGUGCGAAAGCUACUUCGAGUACUCAAUCUAGAGCCAUAUCGAAUGGAUCGAAAACUGCACCAUCAACUGCUGAGAUCGCCAAGCAGCUUAAGCUUCUACAGAUUGGCAAUCCUAUUGAUCAGAGUCUAUACAGAUGUCUUGAUCUUACGUGGGCAUGCGAUCCUCCUUGCCUUGCGGUCAGCCACAAUAGACUUCUAGACUUCCAUUGCAUAAUAUCUCGACAGGGUCUGGAAGGACUCACUCGUUUGUCAGAAAAUUCUAAGCUUGCCGCUUGUAUCGGAUCGAUCAGCUUUGGAGUCCAUCAUUUGACCCGUGAAGCAAGGGUUCACUUGAUGCAAUGGUAUCAGAGCGAGAUUCCUAAUGGAUGUGUAUCAUCGGAACUGAACGAAAGAUACAAGUUUGUCCAUGAGGGCUGCGAGGAGGCUAUCGACAUAUUAGCUAGCGCUCUGAGUUUCCUCAAAAAGCACAAUCCGGACAUCACACUUCGCAUAUGCGAUGAGCUUCCAUCAUUAUCUGACCUAGAGUCUCGGGGCAAAUGUUAUGGCCUUCAACUUUAUGGUGAAACUGUCAUCGAGCACCUUCCCAUCGAUGCCGAGUUCACCUUGUCAUUCGUAGCUCUUGCCGUGUCGGACGGUGAAUAUCCGUUACAAAGUCUGGAUUUUCAAAUUGGAUUGUUCCCUCGAAGCUCGCACGAGCUCCUGGACGACAUGGAAAGCCUGCUUGGGUCGAGGUAUUACGACGACAGGAUCACGCGAUCCUUCGCGAAAGAGUGA